GAGUACCUCAAGGCUCAGUUCUAGGGCCGCUACUCUUCAUGCUUUAUAUGUUACCCUUGGGAGAUAUCAUCAGGAAACAUGGUGUUAGCUUUCACUGUUAUGCUGAUGAUACGCAGCUCUAUAUUUCCUCGCAGCCCGGUGAAACACACCAAUUUGAAAAACUAAUGGAAUGCAUAGUCGAUAUAAAAAAUUGGAUGACGAGUAAUUUCUUACUGCUAAAUUCAGAAAAAACAGAGGUGUUAAUCAUAGGGCCUAAAAACUCUACUUGUAAUAACCUAGAACACUGUCUAAGACUUGAUGGUUGCUCUGUCAAUUCUUCGUCAUCAGUUAGGAACCUAGGUGUGCUACUUGAUCGCAAUCUUUCCUUAGAAAGCCACGUUUCUAGCAUUUGUAAAACUGCAUUUUUCCAUCUCAAAAAUAUAUCUAAAUUACGGCCUAUGCUCUCAAUGUCAAAUGCAGAAAUGUUAAUCCAUGCAUUUAUGACUUCAAGGUUAGACUAUUUUAAUGCUUUAUUGGGUGGUUGUUCUGCACGCUUGGUAAACAAACUACAGCUAGUCCAAAAUGCAGCAGCAAGAGUUCUUACUAGAACCAGGAAGUAUGACCAUAUUAGCCCGGUCCUGUCCACACUGCACUGGCUCCCUAUCAAACAUCGUAUAGAUUUUAAAAUAUUGCUUAUUACUUAUAAAGCCCUGAAUGGUUUAGCACCUCAGUAUUUGAAUGAGCUCCUUUUACAUUAUACUCCUCUACGUCCGCUACGUUCUCAAAACUCAGGCAAUUUGAUAAUACCUAGAAUAUCAAAAUCAACUGCGGGCGGCAGAUCCUUUUCCUAUUUGGCGCCUAAACUCUGGAAUAACCUACCUAACAUUGUUCGGGAGGCAGACACACUCUUGCAGUUUAAAUCUAGAUUAAAGACCCAUCUCUUUAACCUGGCAUACACAUAACAUACUAAUAUGCUUUUAAUAUCCAAAUCCGUUAAAGGAUUUUUAGGCUGCAUUAAUUAGGUAAACCGGAACCGGAAACACUUCACAUAACAUGUACCUUCUACAUCAUUAGAAGAAUGGCAUCUACGCUAAUAUUUGUCUGUUCUUCUCUUGUUCCGAGGUCACCGUGGCCACCAGAUCCAGUCUGUGUCCAGAUCAGAGGGUCACUGCAGUCGCCAGGAUCCAGUACGUAUCCAGACCAGAUGGUGGAUCAGCACCUAGAAAGGACCUCUACUGCCCUGACAGACAGCGGAGACCAGGACAACUAGAGCCCCAGAUACAGAUCCCCUGUAAAGACCUUGUCUCAGAUGACCACCAGGACAAGACCACAGGAAACAGAUGAUUCUUCUGCACAAUCUGACUUUGCUGCAGCCUGGAAUUGAACUACUGGUUUCGUCUGGUCAGAGGAGAACUGGCCCCCCAACUGAGCCUGGUUUCUCCCAAGGUUUUUUUCUCCAUUCUGUCACCGAUGGAGUUUCGGUUCCUUGCCGCUGUCGCCUCUGGCUUGCUUAGUUGGGAUCACUUCAUCUACAGCGAUAUCAUUGACUUGAUUGCAAAUAAAAACAGAUACUAUUUAAACUGAACAGAGAUGACAUAACUGAAUUCAAUGAUGAACUGCCUUUAACUAUCAUUUUGCAUUAUUGAGACACUGUUUUCCAAAUGAAUGUUGUUCAGUGCUUUGACACAAUGUAUUUUGUUUAAAGCACUAUAUAAAUAAAGGUGAUUGAUUGAUUGAU